UUCAUCCGCCCAGCCGUCCACUGACCCAUCCUAACCCCCUCUCCACUUCAAUGCUCAGUCCAGUAAUGAAAAUUAUGCGCCUAAAAUGGUUUAAUUAGACUCAUGUCCACAAAGUAUAAAAUCAUGAGCACAGUAAAGCGGUCUCGCCGGGCGCUUUGCGCAUACUUGAGUUUUGUAUUUGCAACUGCAAAUUAACAUUACUUCAAUUCACCCAUCAAUCUCUACAAUUAGCAAUGGUCUCCACCGCUGACUCAGCUCCCAACUGGCUCGACCGCUUACGUUCGACUAAGGGUUUUCCCACCGGCGACAAUCUCGACCUCGACCAUUUUCUUAGAAACAACCAUGACGACACCCCAAAACCUAACUCCUUUGAGUCGACUCAGGCAGAUUGUAAACAAGUCAUUGAAAAUGGAGAUGAAAAGGAAGAAGAAUGGUUAGGUAUAAUGACUAAUGUCCUUUCGGACCUCUUCAACAUGGGCGAGCCCAAUCCGAGAUUUAAAAAGAGUUGCAGGAAACAAGCAAACCCAAAGCCGUGUUUGGUUUCGACGGAGGACCAAAGUUCGGGGUGUGUGCGCAAAGACGAAGAUGCCCCUGUGGAGAAUGAGACGAAGAAUAUUGAGAUUGAAGAGGAUGGUGAGAGAGAGCUUGUGGGGUACUCCAGAAACGAAGUGACGGUUAUUGAUACGAGCUGCGCGGAAUGGAAAUUUGAAAAAUUGGUUUAUAGGAAGAGGAAUGUUUGGAAAGUAAGGGAAAAGAAAGGAAAGUCACGUAUUAUUGGGAGGAAGAAGAGGAAAGCCAAUGGGUUUGAUGGGAUUGUUCAUGCCAAGAAGAAGCUUAAGCUUUCCAAUGGAGCUCCAUCAAAACAUGAAGAGAAUCUUCAUGAUGACAAAGGGGAAGAAGUUACCAAAGAAGCAUCAAGAUCGGAUGGCCUUAGCCAAGUUCCUAAAGAUAGGUUACAAGUUUCAAGAGUACCCAAGAAAACUAAAAAAGGAGGCUCAUCUGAUGUGCUUAUAAAAGACAUGCCUGCGAGGAGUAAAAUGGGAGCGAAAAGUCUAAAGAGUCGAACUCCUGAUAUUGGAGUUGAAAAACAUCAAUCCGUUUACAACAAAUCUCUAUCUACUGGAUUUCGGGACUCAGACUGAAAUGAGAUCAAGGACCUCAAACCUGUGGCAUGAUUCAAUUUGUCUUUGCCUUUGACAAGCAAAGUGAAUUUGUUGCAGCCAUUUCUUUGUAAUUAAUAUUUUUGUUCAGAAGAAUUUCAUAGUAAUAAUAUUUUGUUUGUCAAGAGUAAGUGCUCUGUUAAAACGCUGAUUGGAAAUUCCUUUUCACUGAAAAUUAGAAUCUUUGGUAUGGUUAGAGAA